ACCCUCGAUGCGCACUCAGGCUCAUUUCCGUGGCUCAACUCACCCUAAAAAAGCCAACUUAGACCAGAGAAAUCUUUGCAUCCCGAAAACGCCAUGGCAGUGCUCGCUGCCGUUGGGCAGAUCUGCGCGACGGGAUCCCUCAAAGCAAACCUAGACCAGUGUGUGAGGCUCGUCAACAAGGCCGCCAUCGGCGGGGCAAAGAUACUGUUCCUGCCAGAGGCUUCAGACUACAUCGCGCCCGACGCCCAGACCUCGCUGGAGCUUGCGGUGCCGCAGUCGACGUCGCCGUUCGUCCUGGGUUUACGUGCCGCGGCGAAGCAGCACUCGAUCGCGGUCCACGUGGGCAUCCAUCAUCCUUUAGAAACGACAACGGGCGGACCGGUCCGAAAGCUGCUCAAUCGUGCGUUAUACAUCAACGCAGACGGCGCCAUUGUCGAGGCGGCGACGUACGACAAGCUUCACGUGUUUGAUUACGGGUCUCUCAAAGAGAGCAACACGGUGCAGCCGGGGACGAGGCUCACGCCUCCGUUCGAGUCACCGGUGGGCAGGAUAGGCAGUCUCAUAUGCUUCGACGUGCGGUUCCCCGAAACGGCCAUCGCCCUGGCGCAGCCGGGCAAGUCAAGUCGAUGGUUCAGUCGCCCCGCACAGAUCUUGACGUACCCCAGCGCGUUUACGAUCCGCACCGGCGAGGCACAUUGGGAGACGUUGCUCCGGGCGCGGGCCAUUGAGACAGAGAGCUGGGUGGUCGCCGCCGCGCAGGUCGGGCAGCACAACGAGAAGCGAGCGAGCUACGGACGGAGCAUGGUCGUGGACCCGUGGGGCACCGUGAGACUGCGGCUCAAGGGCGUGGUGGACGCCCGCGGGGAGGCGGAGGAGGGGGCCGUGGGGGAGAUUGGGUUCGUGGAGAUGGACAUGGACGUGGCGGGCCGAGUGAGGGAGAGCAUGCCGCUGCAGAGGCGAACGGACGUGUACCCCGAGUUGCCCGGACGGGCGGACGGCGCGGACUGA